UGCAUUCACUCUCACUCUCUCUGAUUGUGUGAAACGUGUUUGCAUUGAGAGGACAGGCAUUGCAUUCAAAGCGCACAUGUUUUCCAUGUUUUAAAUCAUUUGCCAUUCAUUUCAUUAUUAGUGCUCUUUUUGGACGAAAGCAUUGCAUUUGAUUGCGAUUUCAUUUCACUAUAAAUCCAUUCAAUUAUCUCUUAAUUGUUUUAAUCGUUGUAUAAAUUGUUGACAAAAUGUUUUGGGGCGUAACUCUAGAGACCGGUAAACGGUAUUCACAAUCAGUGGAGGAGUCAUAUCACCUGACAAUGGCUGCGUUGGAACCGCCAUCCGCUGACAAGACUGUCUCCAAACACGUGUCUAUAAUGGUUGAGCACCAGAAGUCCGAUUACAUGAUCUGCACAUUAGAGCCGAACCGCAAUCUUCAGUGCCAUUUGGACCACAUGUUUGUCGAGGGAGAGGAAGUGACUUAUUAUCUGGUGGGCGACGGAACCGUUCAUUUGACCGGAUAUCUGGUCGGCGAUCCCUACGACGACUUUGACGAAGAGGGGGAUGAAGAGGACGAAGAAAGCAGUGACGAAGAGGUGUCCACUCCUCAGGCGAAGAAUGGGAAGCACGACUCGGCGGAAGCGGAGGGCAAAGAGAAGCCAAAACAGCAACAAAAUCAGUCGAAACAACAGAAUCAAACGAAUUCUCCGCAGAAACAGCCAAACAAUCAACAGAAACAGUUCGGAAGCGCCCAAAAGGGCGGCUUUCAGGGCAACCAACAGAAAGGCGGUCAACAACAGAAGGGACAGUGGAACCAAUCCGGACAGAAGAACAACCAAAAGGGCGGUAAUCAAGGGGGCAAUCAAUGGCAGAACAAGAAGUUCGGCGGACAGCAGAACAACAGUCCCAACAAUUUUCGAGGCGGACAACAGAAUAAUAAGAGCCCCAACUUUGGUGGACAGCAACAGAAGAGUCCCAACAACUUCGGCGGUCAGCAGAAUAACAAGAGUCCCGGUUUUAAAGGCGGUCAACAGAACAACUUUAAAGGCAAACCACAAACGCCUAACUUUAAUAAAGGCGGACAAAAGGGCAACUUUAACCAAACGCCCCGAUCGGGCGGACAAAAGGCCGGCGGCUUUAAAAAGCAAUGGGGUUCCGAUAAAAAGUAG